CUCGGAGGCAGAGAGCGCCAGAGAGCGAGCUGCUGCGCGCAAGCCGUCAUUAUUUUCCUGGAUUUCGUGGUGUACGCGUCGCCCAUUGCGCCAGGAUACGUGGCCGCGCGACGGUGAUCGAUUCCCGACGGAGAGGCGCAGUCUCAACGCGGUGUCCUCGCGUAGAUCUCCCUCGUUUUGGCCCUCCACAUUCGGUUGGGCUCGACGCGAUUCAGUUUCGCCCACGCAUACGGUGUCUGUGUCAAUAUCCGUUGUUGGUUUCAAAGUGCAGUGAGAUCAAUUAGUGGGUAACCAAAUGGUUGUGCUCGAGGAAGGCAGUAUGCUGACUACUGGACACAAUCAGUAUUUACAACCGGAUUACCUUUCGCCGCUUUCAACUACGCUGGACGCGAAAAAGAGUCCACUGGCGCUAUUGGCGCAGACAUGCAGCCAGAUCGGAGCGGAUUCGCCCACGAAACCGCUGAUCUCGCCUCUGGAAAAGAACUCGAAGGGCAUGAGCAUCGCCACGAAUGCUAAAUCGCCGCCGGCCGCAAAAAUGGAGCGCAACACCCGCGGCAGUCCGAUGGACGGCAAGUCGCUGGCGUUCAAACCGUACGAGGUCAAUGUCGUGACGAAGAAAACCUCGGACGAGGGUAGACCCACGUCCAAAGCCAGUGUGCAUAGUGUCAGUGGUCAGGAUAGUGUCAGUGUCAGUGACAACACGCACCCGGACAAGAAAUCGUCCGGCAAUCGUACGCCUGUGAGCCGAAAGUCUGUGUCGCCGACCAGCCAAGCGACGGCAACGACGACCAGCGGCACGCCGUCGGUCGAUCGGAAGACCCCCGCGGACCGCGAGAAGACCGACGGUUCCCCGCGCAGCGGCCACAACGGCAGCAGCAACAACAGCAACAGCAGCAGCAGCAGCAACAAUAACAACAACAAUGGCGCCAGUCCGAUCAUCCGAUCCGGGAUGGAGAUCCUCUCCGGCGCGCACGCAAAGGACGCGAAUCUGGCCGCUUACAAACCCGGUCUUCCAGGAUUUUCCGGCAAUCCGCUGUGCUGUCCGCCGGGCCUCGCCGAGAAUCCAGCCUUCAGGCCGCCCUUCGCGGGCGCGUCGCCCUUCUCGCAUCACGCGGCGGCGCUGCUGUCCGUCGGCGGUUAUCCGUCGGCGGGCCCGACCAGCGCCAACCCGUACUUGAGUUACGCCCGCGUCAAGACCCCAGCCGGGGGUGAGGCCCUGGUGCCGGUCUGCAAGGACCCCUUUUGCACCGGUUGCCAGUACAGCAUGCACAGUGCGCAGAUCAUGAUGGGCGCGGGUAGCUGUCCGAGCGGGUGCACGCAGUGCGACCACCAGAAGUAUGGCCUGGCAAUGGCGUUAUCCUCCCUGGGCCCGAUGCCGCCACCGUCGCUGUCCUAUCCGUCCACGCUGGCCGGCGGCCGGCCCUACGUCUGCAACUGGAUCGCCGGCGAGUCGUACUGCGGCAAGCGGUUCGCCACGUCGGAGGAAUUGCUCCAGCAUCUGCGUAGCCACACGAGCCUGACCGGUGGCGACCACGCGGCGGCGGCGGCCUCCGCCGCGGCGCUCCUCGGCAAUCCGCAUCCGCAUCCGCUGCUGUCGCCGUCGACGACCCUACACCGCGCCAGCGGCGGUUCCUAUCCGGCGCCGUCGCUGAGCCCGCUCGGCGCUCGAUAUCAUCCGUACGGCAAGCCGCCGACGGGUCCGCUGCCGGCCUCGCUCGCCGCAUCGCCGUACAGCGCUUUCAACGCCUUAGGACCGUAUUACUCGCCGUACGCGGUUUACGGACAGCGAAUCGGCGCCGCUGUACAUCCCUAAGAUGGAUAUAUCGCGGGGAGGAUGGGAGGGAGAGGGUGGCACGACCUCGUAGGAUCUUUCGCAGAGACUUUUUCUCUCGUCCCCCCUCUUCCUCUGUCUCUCUUUCCCCCUUUUCUCUCAGUGUACAAUUCGGACAAUGUGCAAAAUGAAUUUAAACGCGGACGAGCCUGCCGUCUGAGACUGUUGUGUAAAUAGCCAAUGUGUACAAUACAGAUUUAUUUAAAAGAAUUCUAUAUAUGUAUAUAUAAAUAUAAAUAUAUGUGUACAUUGAAGAUUAUGAUUAAAGUUUAUGAAACAACUUGACAGUGUUAACGUUGCAUCGCGAGACCAUUCUCUUAAGGAAACAUCUAUGAUACGCAUCUCUAUUAAAAUCCGGUUUACCAUGUAGGGGGAAGGAUUUACACAUACCAGCUGUAAGUUAAAUAUUGUCGCAACUGCCGGACGAACAAAAGAGCCUUGCUUUCCUACGCAGGAUUCAACGCGACUCACGAGGAAUUGUCCCGACUGCGCUUCCGAAUCCGCGUGCUGUUUCAGUUUUUCCGAUGCAUCUCUCGUUGUAACGUCACAUCCUCGCGUUUCGCAGACGGCGCGUUACGUCUGUGAAAGAUGAUUGCAAAGUGCGUUACUACUGUAUGUUUCCCGACGCUCCGCAAACGCGAGCCUUUCUCGUGCUGAAAUGCGUUCGAUAGCGCGCGCGCGCGCGGCAUCUGUGUCCACGAUAUAACUGUGAUAUUACGCUACUCUUUCGAGAAAUCGGACGAGGAAAGGAUAUAUUAUUGACGAGCGUGUCUAAGAUAUCUCCGAGACGAAAUACUACGUUGUAAUUUAUUAUCGUUAGUUGUGUAAGGCAAGAUACCGAAUGCCGAGUUGCAGAAUAAACGAAAAUAAAAUUGAAAUUCCACAGAGAA